GUAGUCGCGCUUCCAUCUCUUGUCCAUCUCUUAUCACACCUUGAAGACGUGUGUCGAACUAUAAAUUUUCGACGACAGCGACAACAACAACAACAACAACAACAACAACAAUAACAACAACUUUGCUCCAUAACGGCAUCAUUGAGAACAAUAGCAGCAUCCUCUCUUGAAUAGCACAGCCUACAUUCAAUAUCUGGGUCCUGCUUACUGCGCGACUCCCAGUCCCCAGUCCCCCAGUUCUUUGUGUGCGCUGCCAAAAAAAAAAAGGCCUUGCUGGUCAAAAUCUCCGUCUCUUGUGAUCCAUGCGACGCAACGAUUCUCAGUGACUCUGCGUAAUCUUUUUCUUCUUCUUUUCGCUAGCUUCCUGCUCCCACCCACCCUUUCUUCCCGCCUCUAUCGCCAUCACAAGUGCUGUGUCUCUCAUCGACGGUGGACCUACCUACCCCAAUUGCGGUUUCCCCAAGCAGCACUGAUCCGAGUUUUCUACCAUCACCACCGUUUGAUAUCGGCGCAUCACCACUUUCGACCUCGGCAGCCUUGCCAAUUGCGGCAGCGAUUCAUUCCCCUCGACCGAGACCUUCAGGUCAUUAUCAACAGCUUCAUAUUGCACAAUGGCCGACGCCCCGACCGACGACGGGCCGAACAAUGGCUCCCUUAGCCCACCUACCGAGACCCCAAUUCUGGUACCUGUCGACAAGGUCGCCCAACUCGAGAAGCGAGUUACAGAAGACCCUCGCGGAGCCUUGGACGCAUGGCUCGCGUUGAUGGCCGAGCACCGGUGCAGAGGCAACAUUGCCCAGGCCAGAGAGAUUUACGAGCGGUUCCUGGCCAUCUUUCCUCAGGCGGCCGAGGUCUGGGUGCAAUGGCUGGAGAUGGAACUCGAAACCGAUAAUUUCAACGAGGCUGAGCGCAUCUUCAGCACUGCUCUCAUAUCCACACCGAACCUUGCCCUCUGGACAAAGUAUCUCGACUAUGUUCGCCGUCGCAAUGACCUCAACGAUGGGAAUGCUCGCCAAAUUGUCUAUCAAGCGUACGAUUUCGCGCUCAACAACAUCGGGCUCGACAAGGACUCCGGCAAGAUCUGGGCCGACUACAUUCAGUUUCUCAAGUCUGGGCCUGGCACCCUGGGAGGAAGCCAGUGGGAAGAUCUGAAGAAGAUGGAUCAGAUCCGCUCCGCUUACCAGAAGGCUAUUUGUGUGCCCAUCGCUAACGUCAAUAACCUGUGGAAGGAGUAUGACCAGUUCGAGAUGAGCCUGAACAAGCCCAACGGUCGCAAGAACCUCGCCGAACGGUCGCCGUCCUACAUGACGGCCAAGAGUGCCUACAUCGCCCUCGAGAACACCACCCGUGGUCUGCAGCGGACGACCCUCCCCGUUCUUCCCCCAGCCGCUGCUCACUUUGACGGGUACCAGGAGUACAUGGAGCAAGUUGAGAUCUGGAAGAGGUGGAUCGCGUGGGAGAAGUCUGAUCCUCUUUACCUCAAGGAGGACGAGAAGCUGCCUGGCCUCUACCAGAAGCGCAUUCUCUAUGUUUACCGGCAGGCCCUGAUGGCGCUGAGGUUCUGGCCAGAGAUGUGGCUGGAUGCGGCCGAGUGGUGCUUUGAGAACAACAUUAUUGAUGACAAGCCAAAAACUAGCGACCAAAAAAAUGACGUGUCCACAGGUCUUGAAUUUCUGAUUCGUGGCAUUGAAGCAAACCCAGAGAGCGUCCUCCUUGCACUCCGGUACGGUGAUUACAUUGAAUCCACUCACCAGACUGAGGACAACGACAAGGCCAAGAUUGCGCUUGGUCAGGCUGUGCGCGCUCCCUACAACAAGGUGCUUGACACGCUGUAUGAUAUAAUCAACAAGGUGAAAGACCGUGAGACGGCUCACAUUGCUCAGAUUCAGGAGGCGGCCAAGAAGGCGGCUGCGAGGGAUAAUUCGUCUAGCGGGUCUGAUGAUGAUGAAGAUGAUGAGGAGGAGGGUGAGGGGUCGACCAAGCCGGCGAUGGAUGCCAGUGCGGAGAAGCAGAUACAGGCGGUGCAGCAGGUUUCUGCUAUGCAGACCAAGAUGCUGUCAAAGACCAUCUCGUUUGUCUGGAUUGCUCUGAUCCGGGCCAUGAGGCGGAUUCAGGGCAAGGGCAAGGCGAACACGGAGAUGGGCGGUAUGAGGCAGGUCUUCCAGGACGCUAGACAGCGCGGUCGGCUCACCAGCGAUGUUUAUGCGGCUGUUGCACAUAUGGAGUGGACAAUUUACAAGGAGCCCGCUGGUGGAAAGAUUUUUGACCGUGGUGCGAAGCUGUUUCCUGAGGAUGAGGAUUUUGCGUUGGAGCACAUCAAGUAUCUCCAUUCUUUGAAUGACUUUACCAAUGCCCGCGUCCUUUUCGAGCGUGUCGUCUCUCGCCUAACCUCCAAGCCGGAGAACGUACACAAGGCCAAACAGCUUUACGUCUACUUCCACAAGUACGAGUCCCAAUUUGGUGAACUCGCCCAGAUUUCCAAACUGGAGAAACGCAUGGCGGAGCUUUUCCCGGAGGACCCGAAGCUCUCUCACUUCUCGGCGCGUUUCUCAACCGAAAAGUUCGACCCUAUCACGGCGAGAGUUAUCGUCUCUCCUGCGGCUCAGCUCCGACCGAAAAUACAACCACCUGGUUUGAUGCCCUCGAUUGAACAACAACAACCACAACAACCCAUCUCCAUCCGCAACACCCCCACCCCGGCGCCUCAAUUCCAACCAACAAUCACCAACUCCCCCAAACGUCCUCUUCCCCUGGAUGACGACGAGUCAAACCCGCCUCGCAAGAUUCAGAGAAACGAUUACAACACCGAGUUCGUCCGUGGCGCCUCCCCCCUAAAAGGAGCAGCUGGCCGUAGACUGGACCAGCAGCGUCGUAUGCAGGGAAGUGCUGGAGGCGCGAGCUAUAGCAGCACCCCUGCCCCUAUCGCUCGGGACAUCACCUUCCUCCUCGGCUUAAUCCCCCGGGCUGAGGCCUACGAUUACCACCGUAUGAACCCAAACAAGGUCGUCAAUUUGCUCCAGUCGACGAACGUACCAGAGUACCACGUCUGGAAAGCCCACGCCAAUCCAAGCCAGAACCCACACCACAGAAAUGUUUCCACCGAUUUUGGGAGCUACGGUGGUGGAUAUGGGAACAGGGACUCACCGGCCCCAAGGGUGGGAAGUCCGUAUGGACAACAGAAGUUGGUGAUGGGGCAGGGGCAAGGCUACAGACAGAGUAGUCUCAGGCCGGGGAGCGCCGGGAGUGGAGCGGGGUAUGAGCCUCCUCCUGCGGUACCUGGGCAGGGCGCCGGCGGGUAUCAGUUUGGGGGUUUGCCUCCCCCCCCUCCUCCACCGGGGUAUGGAGGUUAUGGUGGGGGGUAUUAAGACGAUAGGGGAGGUUUGUAGCUGGGGGAAUAUAAUUAUAUCUGGGGUUAGGUAGAGGGAUUGAGGGUUCAUCAUGGCGUUCUGAGGAGGUGCAUAUUGUAUAGGAUAGGAGUUUUCUUUUGGGAGAGGCUAAAGGUGAUGCAUUUGUAGUUGGGAUUGGGGGCAAAAGUUAAAUGGGGGAUUAUGGGAGAGAUACAGCCCGACCUGUAUAUAACGAUUCGAGCUAUAGCGAUUUCUCCCACGUACCGAU